AUGGCAGGCUCAUUCACCCGCAUGGUAUCAGGCCGUAACACGGCAGUGAUUCUGGCCAGCAUGGGAGCUGGCACACUGGCAUCAGGAUACCUCCUCAGUGACAACACUGCUGCUGCUGAGAGGAAGAGGCUCUAUCCACCCAGUGCUGAUUUCCCUGACCUGAGGAAGCACAAUAACUGCAUGGCAGCAGCCCUGACCCCAACCAUUUACGCACACCUGAGAGACAAGGCAACCCCCAAUGACUGGACCCUUGACCAGUGCAUCCAGACCGGGGUUGACAAUCCUGGACACCCCUUCAUCAAGACUGUAGGCAUGGUAGCUGGAGACGAGGAGAGCUACGAGGUGUUUUCCGAGAUUUUUGACCCUGUUAUCAAGGAUAGACACAAUGGCUAUGAUCCCCGUACAAUGAAGCACCCCACUGACCUGGAUUCUUCUAAGGUCACCUCUGGGAUGUUUGAUGAACGCUACGUCUUGUCAUCUCGUGUCCGUACCGGCCGUAGCAUCCGUGGGUUGAGUCUUCCACCUGCGUGUACACGCUCUGAGCGCCGUGAAGUGGAGCGUGUGUGUGUGACAGCGCUGGCUGGCCUAAAGGGAGAGCUGGCUGGUCGCUACUAUAGCCUGGGAGAAAUGAGUGACAGAGAGCAGCAACAGCUUAUUGAUGAGCACUUCCUGUUUGAUAAACCUGUGUCCCCUCUGCUCAUGUCAGCUGGGAUGGCCAGAGAUUGGCCUGAUGCUCGUGGGAUCUGGCACAACCAUGAGAAGAACUUCUUAAUUUGGAUCAAUGAGGAGGACCACACAAGGAUCAUAUCCAUGGAGAAAGGAGGAAACAUGAAGAGAGUGUUUGAGAGGUUCUGCAGAGGUCUUAAACAGGUGGAGAAUUUAAUUCAGGAGAGAGGCUGGGAGUUCAUGUGGAACGAGCGUCUGGGCUACAUUCUCACCUGCCCCUCUAACCUCGGUACUGGACUCAGGGCUGGCGUGCAUAUUCGCCUGCCCUUCCUCAGCAGGGACCCUCGCUUCAAGAAGAUCCUGGAAAACCUGAGGCUACAGAAGAGAGGCACAGGAGGAGUCGAUACGGCUGCUAGUGGAGACACCUUUGACAUCUCUAACCUCGACCGUCUGGGCAAGUCAGAGGUUGAGCUGGUGCAGCUAGUGAUUGAUGGUGUAAACUAUCUAAUUGAAUGUGAGAAGAGGCUGGAGAAGGGGCAGGACAUCAAGAUCCCCUCCCCCAUCGCUCAGUUCAGGAAGUGA